GGGUGGUGGUGAGCCCUCUUCGCGCAGCCGCAGGCCUCCAAAACGGCUAGCAUGGUUACGCUCCGCAAUGUACGCUUUGACGCGUCGUGCAGGACAAGCCCACACACAAUACAAACUAAUCGAGCCUUACCACCCAGUUGCUAUUUAUGUUUGGCAUCCCCGCUUCAGUCAUGUUCCCUGGUCCAUUUGUCGUCUUUUCUCUCGCUCCCUUCCCUGCCGCUCUGCCGCAUUUUUGGUCCCAAGCCUGCGGGCCUUCCCAUCCUUUCCAAGUCAAUACACGCUGCAGCACGGAAUCUUGAAACUACCCCCCAGUCUGCGCGAUCCGAUUCCCCAGACCGCACCACCCUCUUUUUGCACCGCCGCCGCCUCCCCGUACUUCGGCCUGCCACCGCCGCUUAUACGCCCACACUUACGCUCGCUGCUUCCGCGUGUCAGCCGUCGGAUUCCGUCCAUUCGCUGCGGCCCGUGAGCGAUUGGUCCAAGAUUCUUCUGGGGGAGCCUUUAUACUCGAAACCAGGCCGUGGGCAACCUUCACCGCUCGCUCAUCUGAUCGCUUUCUUCCUUUUCCUCGUCCCCCCGCGGCUCGCCAAUCCUGGAUCCUGGAAGCCCGCUCAAGACUCGAAUUCUCUUUCCUCACCGAGACCCUGAUGCCUUUCCCCAUGGCCUGACCGACGUGGUUCAUUCAAAUCCUUGCCGACAGAUCCUCUUGACACCAGUCACUCGCUAUCAAACAUCCCACCCC